UUCCCCGGGCUGUGGCUGCUGGCGCUCAGCGGUCCCUGGGGGCUGCUGCGGGCCCAGGAGCAGCCCUCCUGCAGAACAGCCUUUGAUCUCUACUUCGUCCUGGACAAGUCUGGGAGUGUGUCAAAUAACUGGAUUGAAAUUUACGAUUUUGUCCAGCAACUUACUUUGAGAUUUGUAAGCCCUGAAAUGAGAUUAUCUUUCAUUGUGUUUUCUUCUCAAGCAACCAUUAUUUUGCCAUUAACUGGAGACAGAGGCAAAAUUGCUGAAGGCUUGGAGGAUUUAAAACGUGUUAGUCCAGUAGGAGAGACAUAUAUCCAUGAAGGGUUGAAGCUGGCGAAUGAGCAAAUUCAGAAAGCAGGAGGCUUAAAAACCUCCAGUAUCAUAAUUGCUCUGACAGAUGGUAAGUUGGACGGUCUGGUGCCACAAUAUGCAGAGAAAGAGGUGAGUAUUGAACUGAAACAGCAAAAAUCCAGGUCACUCGGGGCUAGGGUUUAUUGUGUUGGUGUCCUUGAUUUUGAGCAAGCUCAGCUUGAAAGAAUUGCUGAUUCCAAGGAGCAAGUUUUCCCUGUCAAAGGUGGAUUUCAAGCUCUUAAAGGAAUAAUUAAUUCUAUACUAGCUCAGUCAUGUACCGAGAUCCUAGAACUGCGGCCCUCAAGUGUCUGCGUGGGGGAGGAAUUUCAAAUCGUUUUGAAUGGAAGAGGAUUCGCUCUGGGCAGUCGGAACGGCAGUGCCCUCUGUACCUACACUGUUAACGCAACCUACACCAAGAGUGUAAAGCCAGUAAGUGUACAGCUUAAUUCUAUGCUUUGUCCUGCACCUAUCCUGAAUACACCUGGAGAAACUCUUGAUGUUUCAGUGAGUUUUAAUGGAGGAAAAUCUGUCAUUUCCAGUUCAUUAAUAAUCACAGCUACAGAGUGUUCUAAUGGGAUCGCAGCCAUCAUUGCGAUCCUGGUGUUGCUGCUUCUCUUGGGCAUUGGUUUGAUGUGGUGGUUUUGGCCCCUUUGCUGCAAAGUGGUUAUCAAGGAUCCUCCUCCACCACCACCUCCUGCACCAAAAGAGGAGGAAGAAGAGCCUCUGCCUACCAAGAAAUGGCCAACUGUGGAUGCGUCCUACUAUGGUGGUCGAGGUGUUGGAGGGAUUAAAAGAAUGGAGGUUCGUUGGGGUGAUAAAGGAUCAACUGAAGAAGGUGCAAGACUGGAGAAAGCCAAAAAUGCUGUGGUGACCAUUCCUGAAGAAGCAGAGGAACCCGUCAGACCUAGACCACCUCGACCCAAACCCAUACACCAGCCUCCACAGACAAAAUGGUACACGCCAAUAAAGGGUCGUCUUGAUGCGCUCUGGGCUUUGUUGCGACGACAGUACGACAGGGUGUCCUUGAUGCGACCACAAGAAGGAGAUGAGGGCCGGUGCAUAAACUUUUCCCGAGUUCCAUCUCAGUAAAAUGAAGGCAGGAAGACCAAGAUGAUAUGAAGAUGGCACAUUUUCACAUACUGAUUUCCAACCAAAGGAGAAAAAUCAAGUGCACUUCAGAAGCUUUUGGAAGAGCAGAUCAAUUCCUCCCAAUCAGGAAAUGUUUUCUGUGCCUUCUGCUUUGCUCACACCAAAUAUUUUCAGACACUUGUCCUGCCACAUACAUGGAAGGUGAUGAUCCUCAUGGUAACUCAUGAUUCAUGGUAUUGAGAAUAAAGAGGAGCAUUCACACUGUGGCUUACACAAGAAAGUUGUUUGAGUAUGUAAAAGAGGAAAAAGCAACAACAACAUGAAGAUGAAAACAGAAACCACAAAACAACUAGCCACGAUGGGUCUUUCAUGGAGACAGAAGUUUUUCACAUGGAAAGAUGGCUCAUGUUUUUCAGUAUGGCAAGAUCUCUAGCCAUUGGCAGAGUAUGAAACUUCCUACCAGGAGAAGUAAAUAAAGGAGUCCAUUGCCUUAGAGCUAUGUCAGAUCACAAAAUCCUUCCAAGUCCCCUAUCACGCUGUGCCUUACGGGAAGUUUCUGACUGGAAAAUCUUGUCAUUCUAACACUGAAAAGUGCACACGCAUGACAAAAUGUAGACAGGUUGCCUCAAGGUAUUGGUAGCAAGCAAGAUUUUGCCCUUUAGUUUUUGAAGACACCUUUCUUUCAUUAUGCACUCGGGACAAGAAAAUUAAUGGAGCGUUAUUCCACAGGAAGACAGCCUCUAGCCAGAGAUCUUGAGUGGUGUGUAAGGGACUUUGAUGUGAAAACUUGUCCCUAUGACUGGUAGAUUUCCUCCUUUUUAUAUGUUUAGGAUUUAGUAGUGCAUAAAGCAUUAAUAUCUGUAAACAUACCUAGGAGUUUGUUUUGCUUUUAAUUUAAAGGAAGCGGUAACCACGAUGCUUCCGCUCAGGGUUUUUUCUUCCUUCACGUCUCCAAGGGCUCUUCAGCGUCACAAGCCAGCAACUCUCUUUGCAUGAAAAUUUCAAAGUUUAAUUAAUAUAAUUAAAGGCAACAGCAAGCAGCAGCCUGUGAAGAUUUUGCUCAUCUUUUUUAUGCCUUUUGACAUUGAAUGACCUAUUACUAUAUGCGCAUUACUUGGAUUUUGAGGGGCGCUCUACCUUGGUUAUGAUUCACUAGAAGAAAAAGACCUUCUUUCUCCAGUUUAUAAAUUGAAUUUUCAGGAGGGUCGCCAUCACAAAACAUUGAUGAUGUAUGUAUUAUAAUUUUUUAGAAAAACCAUCGUGUCACGUUGACGAUGCCAAAUUAUGUUAGCGUGAGCGGAAACACUGUGGGGGAGGAAGGAGGCAGCAGCUGAAGAAAAAAGCUCAAAUGAUCUAGUCACUUUCGAUACUGUACUUCAGAUGCGAAAUGGAUAUUCGACUCGAAACCUGACAAAGCGCGCCUGCUUUGAUGUGAACUGGUAUAGACAAUGACCAGUGGCUGGGUCAGUGGGAUGUCUCUCUGCGAGCACAAAGGCUUAUCAAAUGACACUAAAAAUAAGUUCAACAACCAUCACGUUGGAAGGGAGAAGGCGAACAUUUCAUGUUUGGCGGGCAUGUGAGUGCACAAGAUGGAAAGAGCGAUUUGGAGCAUCCUGGUGUAAUUACCCCCAUUGUGCUCUUCGUGGAGAUUUUAAAGAAUGGAAGAGAUUCUGUUGGUUGGUGUCCAGGUUUGUGGCAUUGCUCCAAGAAGCCUUAUGCACACACACAAAUAUAUAUGUAGAUAUAUACACACAUAUGUAUCCUCUAGCUUGAAUCUUUUGCUCAAGUUUAUUUAUGUCACUGGCUGGCUGGAUCCAAAGUCAUGUGUUCACAUAUUCAUAAAUAAAAUUUUUACCUGUG